AACAUAACGUACCUGACAGGUAAACUUCUGUGACAAUUUUCAUAGCAAUCAUUUUCUGGUGGUUCAAACUGCUGGGGUCAAAUUAAGGGCUGAGGUUAAAAGAUGUUAGUAAAUCUGAAGAUAACCGGAGGGUUAAUUCGUUUGGGAAGAUGUAGUUGCCUUCGUCGUAGAUAUUAUUUCAACAAGAGUCUCAGUCUAUGACGGGAAGUAGCCUAGUGGUUGCUGCAUGUUCAGGUAUUUCAACAUUUCCCCUUUGCUACGGAAAAGCGGUGGUGACGUCAGACAGACAAGCCUGAGCAGCGUUGCGCGCUCCCGACGCCAACGAGCACGAGCCGAAGCUCCACUUCCAUAGCAAGAACCAGGAAGUGGAAGUAUACACAUGGAGGGUGUGUCUUUCCCUGCCAGUGAAUGUUUUAUUUUUAAAAACACUGUCCUCCUUUGAUAAAUAAUGGGGGACUCGGCGAAGACCAAGCGGCGGGAGCAGCUGAAGCGCUGGGCCGAAUCCUGCACCAACAAAACGUCGGCGGUGCCCAGGCGGAGGUGGCGGGGCGAUGCCGAGAAUGGAGCAGGAGAGCCGGAGGCCGAGCUUUGCGACCGGUCGAGGGACCAGCUGGUAUCUGUGGUCAGAGAUGAAACCAGCCCCCUCCUCAAACGACGGAAAAGAGUAAGAUUUGACAGGGCUGCAGAGUUCCUGGCUGCCUGUGCCAGCGGGGACACAGAAGAGGCCCAGGCGAUGCUGAAGGAAGCCAAAGAGACCAAAGGGAGGAAUGAGGAGGAUGUGUCAGAAAUUAUCAACUGUUCUAAUGCAGAUGGAAUUACUGCUCUUCACCAGGCCUGCAUUGAUGGCAGCAUGGAGAUGGUGUCUUUCCUUUUGGAGCGUGGUGCCAAUGUGAACCAGGUUGACAGUGAGGGAUGGACACCACUGCAUGUUGCUGCCUCCUGCGGCAACCCUGACAUUGCAGAUUUCCUUUUGCAGUGUGGUGCGUCUCUCUCUGCUGUAAACUGUGACGGUGAUGUUCCUCUGGACAUUGCUCCUGAUGAGACCACUGAGUCCCUUCUUCAGGAUUACACUCGGAGACAGGGUGUGGACUUGGAGGCAGCAAAGCGGCUGGAGGAGGAACAGAUCAUGAUAGAUGCCCAGAAAUGGCUGAAUGAGGGCCCACCUGCUGAUGUAAGACAUCCCAGGACCGGGGCCACCCCACUGCAUGUGGCUGCUGCCAAAGGCUACCUAGAAGCUCUCAAGAUACUGUGUCAGUGUGGGCUGGAUGUGUCGGCUGUGGACUUUGAUGGCUGGACACCUCUGCACGCUGCAGCACACUGGGGUCAGGGCGAGGCCUGUCGCGUUCUAGCUGAACAACUGUGCAAUAUGGAGGCCUGCAGCAAAGCGGGUCAGACACCAUUUGAUGUAGCUGACGAAAGUGUUCAAGAGCUCCUGGAAGAGUUAUCACAGAAACAAGCCAAUUCUAUAUUGGACAGGCAAAACCAACAAGGAUCCACCGCUGCAAAUGCACCAAACAAACUGCGGAGAACAUCAGUGUGCAGAAUGAGCAGUAAAGACAAGAUGAACGUGCAGGACCAGUCUAAAGAGAGGGGUGUUUCAGGGGGCCUGGAGGCGAGUGAGGAGAAAGAGAGCAGCCCCGAAAACUCCACCAUGUCCAGUCCAGACACUGAGAGUGUGACCACAUCGACAGUCAGCCCUGCAGACAAGACACCAGAGGAGAAAGAUGAGGAGGACAAGGAGCAGGACAAGGCAAACCGCACUGCCAGAGUCCAGCCCACUCCUCAGACAAGGGAUGCUUCGGCAGAGAGCCCCAACGCCACCAAUGCUGACAGGCGCAAGUUCCAGGCUCCAGUCAGAGACGAAGAGUCUGAGUCUCAGAGGAAAGCUCGCUCUCGGCUGAUGCGGCAGUCUCGCCGCUCCACGCAGGGUGUAACUCUGACCGACUUAAAAGAAGCUGAGAAGACUGUGGCCAAAGCUGCAGAACCACCGCCUCGCAACAUCCAGCCUGUCAGCCCAAUUGUUACGGUCACGCCUGCUGAAAGGGAUACAGACCCGGUGAAGCAGGAGGAACCGGAGGGAGAGAAGCGCCUGGGAGUGAAGGACAGGAGGAGAGGGAGGAGGGAGAGACGCUCUACUGGCAUCAUUCAGCCGUGUGGAGAGAAUGAAGAUGCGGAUGCUCACUUGGAUGAUACAAACAGGACUUCCACUGAGAGUCAACUGGGAGGCUCGUCAGCUGACUACAGAACGCUGUACUUAAAGGUACUGCAGGACAACCUGGCUCUGAAGGACAAGCUGCAGGAGAUGGAGCUGCUGCUCAGCCAAAACAAGGUAGAGCUGGAGCGACUCCGACAGAAUCAAGAGAGCAGCACAGACAGACCGGCCCUGCUGGAACUGGAGAGAUUUGAGAAGAUGGCCCUCCAGAGGAAAGCUGUGGAACUGGAGGACGAGCUAAAGGUCCUGGGGGAUCUCAGAGCAGACAACCAGAGGCUCAAGGAUGAGAACGCCGCCCUCAUUCGGGUCAUCAGCAAACUCUCAAGAUGAACCUUUAAAGAAAACCUACAUGGAGAUAAAAGUAUUACAUUCUUUGCCCAACUCAGAAGAGACAAACCAGUAAGGGAGACGGCAGCGUAAAACACCUGCACAGCACAUUCACCAGUAACUGGAGCAACACAUAGAUUUCAGGGUUAUUAGCCUGUGUUUGGGCCUUUAUGUUUUGGCAGAUCUACUGUAUAACAAGCUGAACUGCACCUCCUGUGGACUGGCAGGAUGAUUCCUGUUGGCGUCCACUUUUAUAUAUAUAAUUUUUUUUUUUUUUUUUUGAAUUUUUUUUAAACUGGAAUAUUUUAAUGUGCUUUGCUUCUCUGAUACUUUGUAUAAAAUCUGUAUUCUGAGAAUUAAAGCCAUGCACAGUGCGAGCUCACAGUAAUGUUUUAGAUAGCUUUCUUGACCUCUGAAGGGGUGGACACAUAAACGCCAUUCAGUUGUAGGGGUGGUUACUAGAAAAAGACACACACACAAAAAAGACUUAAAUGUGCCAAAAACCAGCCCCAGUUUUGCAUGUCCUUUUGGGGAAAACACCAAGUGGUCAGUGUUGUUUCUCAGGAUGAGUCUUGGGUCGAUGCUUUCUGUUUUGGCUGACUGCUGUAAAGGUGGACCAAAUUUGCAUGCCCAUUUCUCCCUGCUCCUCUGAAUGUAUAUUUAAUAUGUAUAUUUAUGUACAGGGGCCAUCUGUCCUGACAGUGAUGUAGAGGUGUAGUCGUGGUCUCUGUUGUAAAUAGGGCGGAGAGUUUUGGGUGCUAAUCAUGGACGUCAGAUGCAGCUCAUGUUCAGAGGGAUUUUUACAGAAAAUGUUUGUUACAAACGUCAGCUCUUUCAAGAGGGCUAGGAGAACGCAUGCUAUGUUCUUAGUACUGUAAGUCAGUAAUAAUUUCAUUUUGCCAUUUUGACUGGACGCUACUGAAAGCAACAACCCCUAAGCUAAGUAUUCACCCUGUGACGGAUGGCUGUUACUCAACAGGCAGGCCAGAUGGGUCAAUUUUUGAAUGUUUACUCCAAUUUUAAAGAAAAAAAAACUGUAUGUCAAAUUGUAUUUUGAUGCUGUGCCUUUCGAUAUACAUUUCUAAGUGAUAUUUCUAUUUUGCUUUGAAAAACAUACAUUGUUAAGUAUAAAAUACAGUAUGGGCAUAAAUGA